CAGAUGCAAACACUGCUAGACUACAAGAGCACAAGACAUCUGAUUGCAUGUUUCAAAGCAGCAGGAACCAGAAAACACGGAACAACAAUGAUGAUCUCAGUCCGCUUCACAUUGCUCUUUUUUUGGGUGACACAAGAUUUUGCGAGCUGUGUUCAUAUCAACGUGCCUGUUGAUGUCUUGACCGUAGCAUUAGGGGACUCUCUCACGUUAAACUGCACCUACAACUGCUCCAGUGGAUUUGUCCGUGGAUUUUGGAGCAAGACAUCGGAAAACUCUGGCUGUCGAGGGAUAAAGGAAAAAAAAUGCACCUUUUGCACGGCGUCUCUUCAUCUUUCAAAUGUGACCGCAGAGGAUCUGAAGAACUACACCUGCUACACAGAAGCUACAGACGAUGUUCAACUUCCGAAGAAAAUCGAGCGUGUUGUUCUCUUGCAACUUCCAGGUCAAACACAUGCCCCAAACUGGACCCUUUCCCCAAAGACUGAAACUACAAAUGCAUCUUUUCCCACUAAGCCAAAAUACUCAAAUGGAGAGCUGACUGGAAUUAAGGUUUUAGCAGCAGUCAGCGUCACUGUGGCCACGGUGCUCACAGCGUUGGCUGUUUUUCUGUGUCUGAACCGGAACAAACUGAGCUGGAAUUGCAAAGGGGAGCCAGUUGUGUCCAGGUCAGGAUCCCCGCUGCCUCCUCAUUCUGUCCACUCACCAGUGAACGGACUGCUGUCAACACAAAGUGACAGGGUGACUCUGAGGAUUCCUACACCAGAUAACGAGAGCGACACCGAAGUUCCUUACGCUGACAUAAUGAUCACAGUCCGCGGUGUAAGCACACCAGAGCUCAAUCAGGUCGGCUACACUCCUGGGGAUCAAAAAGAGUGGUCUCACCUGCAGGCCUCACGGUCUGCUGACAGGCUGCACAUACCCCACCCCAGAGAGGUCAGCCGCAAGAUGAGCACCAACUCUGAGUACGCAGUCAUCACAUAUGCCUGACUGAGGUCGCUGCUGCUGCUGGAGGAGGAGGAUAACAAACGUCUGAAUGUGUGUUUUACAUGCUAAUGCACGUUAACUGUAUAUACAUGUAACGCUUUUUUACACGUAUGCUACUUAACAAUAUUCUUUGUUUUGUGUUCUGUGUUUAUUAUGACGAAACCGCAUCCAUUACAAAUAAAGCCGUUCUGCCUUGUGAGUUUUACGAUGUUUGAGCCUUGUCAGUGUCCGUAGUUAGAACCGUUGCCUAGGAACAGCUAUCAACAAGUGGUUAGCCAGCUAGCUGUAGCAUUCAAAAACUAAAGGUGGAUACGGACUGCAGUUAAUUCAGGUAACAGGUGUGACUACUAACUUGUGUUCUGACAUUUUCUUAAUCGCUGUGAGUGUAUCUAUUAAGCACUUUGAUUGUUUUGAGACGACAUCCUCGCCGCUUAACUACAAAUGUAAAGUUAAAGCCAGUCUGUCUGUAUGAAGUGCCCAGUGUUAGCUAGCGUCUCUGCACUUCUACGCCACACAUCAAGAAGAAAGUACAAGACAAAGCAAAAAACUCGACUUCUCUUGGUCAGAUUUCCCCCGCUGUCACUGUAGAUAUAUAUAUUUGUAAAAAAAAAAAAAAAAAAA